GAACACGCAAAGCUCCAGCUACGUGUUCAAUAACAUGUUCGUCUAGUUGACGAAAGACUGGACUUUCCAGAUACGGAUGCUCCCCUGAUUAGUCAUCGAGAUCGUACAUCAUGAACUGCAGUCUGGACUUGACUGCUGCAUCCUAUUUGAAGCUCUACCCUCGUUCCUUUUCUAACAUCAUGUCUAUGUUCCAACGAGAUCCUCGUGCAGGUGCAUUCCUAGGUGGUGAUAGGGUCUCUGGUCAAGACAUCCGGGAUCAAAAUGGUGUGUAGUAUGUGCGGUUCGAAUGACCAUGCAAUAACGCGUAAUACUCGUAUAGUUCUCGCCGCACAGACAAUCGCAAAUGUUGUAAAAUCCUCUCUUGGACCACUCGGUCUUGAUAAAAUGCUUGUCGAUAACAUUGGAGUACGCCGUGAAGUUAAAUUUUGUAGUAAUGACUCGCUGACAUCUUCUCGAUCCCAGGAGGUAACGAUCUCCAACGACGGCGCAACUAUUCUCUCUCUUCUCGAGGUCGAGCAUCCUGCUGGUCGUAUCUUUGUUGAACUCGCUCAAAAACAGGAUAAAGAAGUCGGCGAUGGUACAACUUCCGUUGUCCUUAUUGCAGCAGAGCUUCUUCGACGCGCAAAUGAACUAGUCAAGCAGAAAAUUCACCCUACCACAAUUAUUACAGGCUAUCGGUUAGCCUGUAGGGAGGCUUGCAAGUUCAUGCAAGAUCAGCUUAGUAUCAAGGUGGAUUCAUUGGGCAGGGAUGCGUUGAUCAAUGCUGCCAAGACAACCAUGUCAAGUAAGAUAAUCGGGAGUGAUGACGACCUUUUCGCACCUAUGGCGGUCGAUGCUAUGUUGGCCGUGAAGACAAUCAAUAGCCGAGGCGAUGUCAGGUAUCCCGUGAAAGCAGUAAACAUCCUGAAAGCUCACGGAAGGAGCGCACGAGAGUCUCUCUUAGUAAAGGGAUAUGCUUUGAACUGCACGGUUGCCAGUCAAGCAAUGAAGACUCGAAUCACAAACGCGAAGAUUGCUUGUCUCGACAUCAACUUGCAGAAAGCUCGGAUGCAGCUGGGUGUGCAAAUUCUUGUGGACGAUCCCUCACAGUUAGAGGCUAUCCGACAACGCGAGGCCGAAAUUACACUGGAGCGAAUCCGAAAGAUCCUUGCUGCCGGUGCCAACGUGGUGCUGACAACGAAGGGCAUUGACGAUCUCUGUCUGAAGGAGUUUGUGGAGGCUGGUGCGAUGGCCGUUCGUCGGUGCAGGAAAGAAGAUCUUCGUCGCAUUGCGAAAGCGACGGGUGGAACCCUCGUCUCAAGCUUGGCCAAUUUAGAGGGCGAGGAGUCAUUCGAACCCAGUUAUCUUGGUCAUGCGGACGAGGUUGUACAAGAGAGGAUUUCGGAUGACGAGCUGAUCCUCGUCAAGGGUACAAAGGUUGUCAGCUCAGCUUCGAUCGUCUUGCGAGGUGCCAACGAUUACAUGCUCGACGAAAUGGAGAGGGGUCUCCAUGACACUCUUUCUAUUAUCAAACGGACACUGGAGAGUGGUGCCGUUGUUCCUGGAGGUGGUGCGGUAGAGACAGCAUUGAGUAUCUACCUUGAAAACUUUGCCACGACAUUGGGCUCACGAGAACAACUUGCCAUUGCUGAGUUCGCAAGCGCGCUUUUAGUCAUCCCGAAGACCCUUGCUGUCAACGCAGCGAAGGACUCUACGGACCUGGUUGCGAAACUCCGAUCGUACCAUAAUGCAGCCCAGAAUGCACCCGUGGGCGACCCUAAGAAAGCGUUGCUUCGUUAUGGGUUGGACCUGCUGCAUGGCGAAGUUCGGGACAAUGUCACUGCUGGAGUGCUUGAACCAACGAUGAGUAAGGUUCGCAGUCUGAAGUCUGCUUUCGAGGCUGCCGUGUCCCUGCUUCGUAUCGAUGACGCUAUUCAAUGCGUUCCUGAAUCGAAGGGCGAACCCGAUGCUCACGGUCACUAACCAUUUGGGGAAGUUGUACUAUUGUAGACGCAGGAUAAUAAAUAUGCUCCCGUUGCCCCCUUGAUCUCUAAGCUCAACGGCUUAUGUGCUCUGCAGA